AUGAAGACGUCCUCCCACGGCGUGGUUUGGGUCAAGGCCAAGUCGGAUCGUGGAUCGUGGUGGCCGGCGAGCGAGGUGAGCGAUCGAAAUGCGGCGAUCGAGAGAUUAGGAGAGUUGGCGCUGAGGCACUUUGAGAAGCGAAACGACGCGCGCGUGUUUCAAUACUUUGGCUCAGGCGGGUCGUACGAGCUGGAGAAGACGUCGACGGCGUGCGUCGCGUGGGAAGAGGGUUUAGAGCACAAGUAUCACCAAAUGAAACCGCUGAGCGCGAAGCGCGCGAAGGCGAUCGAGAAUGCGUUUGCGUUUGCAGAGCGAGGAGAUUUGAGCGCCGAAAUCGAGGCGAACGUCGUCUGGUGGAGUGAACCGCUUCCACCGCCGAUAGAGUGCGUAGAAGAAGUCGCAGUGGUAAGUCGGCGUAAGAGAAGUCGUGAGGCAGAGGUCAAUGUCGAGGCAGACGACGUCGAGACGCCCGUCAACGAUGGGGAUGAGUUCAAGUUUCCAAUAGCCGCGAGCGAAUUUAGAGCAGGCGUCAAACGCACCGAGUACACGCCGCCAUUAAGCGUGCUCAGCAUGGGCAAGCCAGCUGCUUACGAGCGUAUAAAUCGCAGUACUUUCGUGAGUGUGCCGCCGCCGGUGAAGAUGCACAUAUCUGAGUCAGCGACGUGUGAGUGCAAGCAGCCGCUGCGAGACGGGGGCGGCACGCCUACACUGCGCAACGGAUGCGGACCGGAGUGCAUCAACAGGAAAUUGAGAUUUAGCUGCGAUAGCCGAACGUGCCCGUGCGGAGACGCGUGUAGUAAUCGACCAUUGAGUCAACUGCCGACGCCGAAGACGAAGAUUAUUCGCACGGAGAACAGAGGAUGGGGAUUGAUGCUGCAAGAGCCCGUGACUGCCGGCACGUUCAUAGUGGAGUACACGGGCGAGAUUUUGAACGAAGCCGACGUCGCAAACAGGCUCUGGCUCGACAAGCAAGAAGGAGAAGAGAACUUUUACCUCAUGGAGAUCUCGACGAAUUACGUUAUAGAUGCGAAGUUUAAAGGCUCGCUCGCCAGGUUCAUCAACAGCGGAUGCCAUCCGAACUGCGAGACCCAGCGCUGGGUCGACGCAUCGACGAAUGAGACGCGAGUUGGAAUCUUCGCGAUUGAAGACAUUCCGGCGGGAACAGAGUUGACGUACGAUUACCACUUUGCUCACUUCGGAGACGCCAGUGCGACGUCUUUCGUGUGCAUGUGCGGGCACCCAAAAUGCAGAGGCACACUCGACGCAGCCAAGCGAGAGGCGCACUUCCAUCGAAGGAUUCGUGUCGAGGCGAUGCUCGCACCGAAAAGCGCCGGACCAAAGGCAAGGAAGAAAAAGCAAUACGUCAAGGGGACGAUCGUCGAUCAUGAUCGGGCGAAGAACAGAUAUAAGGUUGAGGUUGACGCGAGCGCCGACGAGGCUGAGCGAGUCUGUAUCUGGGUGCGUCUCGAAGGAGAAGGCGCGGCCAAGCACGCGUGGUUGAAGUAA